AUGACAACGGUGAAUGAAAAUGCUAGCUUCAACUAUGAAGAAAAUAGCACAAUAUCAAUACCCUCUGUACGAGACGAGCCUUUAACCGGCUCAUACACGUAUCAUUCGCCGAUACCAUCAAUAUUGGAGAUAAAUAAGAACGAGCCUUGCAUCUUGGGUGUAGACGAAGCUGGAAGGGGUCCAGUUCUUG